AUGAUCGCGUUCGCUCAGGAGUCAUUCCUUGGCGCGGUGAAAGAGAAUAUCGCCCAGGUCAUAGGUCCGACCGUGCGUAAUGAAACACAAAAGGCCCAGGAGGUAUCCGGGUUCAUCCUGAAAGCCCGGCCGUCGUACGCGGCGUUCGUGCUGGAGGCGGAGGCGGAGGGCUCCAACGUGGACCACAUGCUCUUCAGCUUCCACGGGCUGCCCGUCGACCAGUGCACCGCGGCGCACCGCGACGGCCUGCCGUGCGACUGCCAGGUCGACGGCCAGCUGACCGAGGGCAACUCGAACUGCUAUCGGGCGCAGUGCCACGACACGGCCAGGCGCCUCGCUGCGGACCUCGGGCUCGAGGACGGGGCGUGGUCGGUGGGCUUUCAGAGCCGCCUGACGCUGCGCGGCACGAUCAAGUGGAUCACUCCCUACACGGACGUCCUCUUCGAGGAGCUUGCGGCGAGAGGCGUGCGCCGCCUGGCGAUCGCGGCGCCGUCCUUCACGGCGGACUGCAUCGAGACCCUGGAGGAGCUCGGGAUAUCCGGCCAGCGGGAGUUCCGGGAGGCGGGCGGCAGCGAGCUGCUGGUUAUCCCGUGCGUGAACAGCUCGGAGCGCUGGGCCUCCGGCCUCGCCGACCUCGUCCGGCGGCAGGCGCUCACGGACCCGAAGGUGGCUCCCGACGCGCUCGCGACGGAGCCCUGCGGGGAGCUGCUGGUGGCCGACGUGAGGACUUAGGGCGAAGCCGCCUGAGCCUGUCGCUGGCAUCGCGAGGGCGGCCCCGAAUUUUUCACCUCGAG